GGCUCCUCUUCUCGGGGGGUGAAUGGGGCGUAUGUUUUCUCAGUUGGUUGCCAAGUUUGCUUUUUUCCCACCAUCUCCACCAACUUAUCAGAUUAAGAAGGACGACAACAAUGGGAAACUCAAGGUGGUUUCGUCUUCCUCAAUGCCUGCUCCCGUUGCUGACGAUCCUUCUUUGGAUGUGCUUUUGAUCGACACCAAACACGGGAACAAGAUUGUUGACUUUUACUUGAAAAACCCAUACGCACGUCUUGCCGUGCUCUACUCUCAUGGCACUGCUGCUGACCUUGGCCAACUCUAUGACCUCUUUGUCCAGCUCAAGGUCAACUUCAGAGUCAAUCUCAUGGGGUAUGACUAUUCUGGCUAUGGUGCAUCAACUGGGAAGGUAGCUCAUUUCGAUUCGUCCCGGAUUUUGUAUUUUGUCUUCUCAAGCUAUCUUAAUGGUGGUGUCUUUGCUAAUAUAGAGGCGGUGUAUCAGUGUCUUCAGACCGAGUAUGGAAUCAGUCAGGAAGACUUAAUUUUAUAUGGAGAAUCGGUUGGAAGCGGACCGAUGUUGCAUUUGGCAGCUAAACUUCCGAGGCUAAGAGGUGUAGUUUUGCAUAGAAGCAUUCUUUCCGGCCUAAGUGUGCUCUGCCAUGUUAAGUUCUCGUUCUGCUUCGACAUUUAUCAGAACAUAAAAAAGAUUCAGAAGGUGAAGUGUCCUGUCCUUGUAAUUCAUGGUACGGAAGAUGAUGUUGUCAAUUGGCUGCAAGGAAAUGGACUUUGGAAAAUGGCAAGGGAACCGAACGAGCCUCUGUGGAUCAAAGGAGGUGGUCACUGCAACUUGGAGCUAUACCCUGAUUAUAUUCGCCAUCUUUGCAAGUUUGUUUAUCAAAUGGAGAACACGACAACAUCGACUCGCCUUAAAAGGAUUCGGCAGAGUCUCGGUUUACCAGCAAGGUCGAAUGCCAUCUCCUCGGUUACCAGUAACGGGUUCUGUAAGAUUAAAUUAUGCCCCAAAUGUCCAAAACCAAAGUGCAAAUGUUGCCGGUGA